AUGUACCGUCACGUUGUUAUUCGAGGACGUAAAGGCUUAUACUAUGAAGAUUCUGACCGGAAAAUGUUUGGCGAAAUGGUAAAAGAUGAAGAACGCUAUUUCCAAAAAUUUUCGUUAGAGGAGGAGGAAGGGAAAGAAUUUUGUAAGGUUGUGGAGUAUGAAUUGUUUGAAGUAGAUAAUCCAAUGGAAGAUGCAAUGUUGUAUUUAUGUUUCCGUAUUGGAUCUAAGAAAGCAUUUUAUUACGAAACUGUGGGAACUUUUGUCUGA